ACAACACACAGUAGAGGAAAAAAGGAAAAAUAGAUAAUCUCAUCUCUCUGUGGCGUUGUUUGUUCCUUUGUACAUAUGUCUUCUCACCCAUUUCAGAUUUCUCUUUCUUCUUUUUUCUCUCUCUAAAUCAUUUCUUCUCCGGGGGAGUAAAGUAGAGUAAUUCAUCGUUUUCAAUUUUUGGUUUUUUUAUUUUUCUUUGAUUUUUGGUGGUUCAUCUUUUAAUUUGGACCAUGCGGAGAGGCAGAGCAGCGGCCAGGCAGGUGGCGGCGGCGGUUCACGGCGGGGAAGGUAAUGGAUCUGGGGAAUCGAAGGAGAUCAGAUUCCGGGGUGUGAGGAAGAGGCCGUGGGGAAGGUAUGCGGCGGAGAUCAGGGACCCUUGGAAGAAGACUCGUGUCUGGCUCGGCACCUUUGACUCGGCUGAAGAGGCUGCUCGGGCCUACGACACCGCCGCGCGCUCGCUGCGUGGUCCGAAGGCGAAGACGAACUUCCCUUUGACUCCAAGCGGCAACGUGUUCCACGAUUUCAACCCUCAAAACCCUAAUCAACCACAAAUCAACAAUAACCCUAACGAUCCCUUCAUGGAUUCCCGGUAUUACCCUCAGGACCAAGAUAUAAUUGCGCAGCAGAGGCCGACCUCUAGCGGCAUGAGCAGUACCGUGGAGUCGUUUAGUGGGCCGCGGCCGCCGCCGCCGCCACCGCUUGUUCAGCAGCAGAGGAGGCAUCCGCGGUCGCCGCCGGUAGUUCCGGAUGAUUGUCGCAGCGACUGUGACUCCUCUUCUUCCGUGGUUGAUGAUACCGAGUGUGACAUCGCCUCAUCCUCUUGUAAAAAACCCCUUCCUUUUGAUCUUAACAUGCUACCACCGGUGGACGCCGCCGCUGACUUGGACGAGCUCGCUUGCACGGCGCUCCGGCUCUGAGGUGUUUUCCACGUCCGAUGAUAAUGAUGAACUUAUCAUUUGGAAGAAAUCCACCCAUUUGGUUAAAUUACUCAAUUUUCCUUUUCUUUUUACCUUUUUUUGGUUUUAUUUUGCGGAAAAUCGAAAACAAAAAAAAGAGAAAGAAUGCUCAUAGACAGGGUGAAGACUGAGGUGUCAUUAAAACUAAGAGUCUGUCUUCUAUGAGUGUGUUGUUUGAAAAGAAUUUACUUUCUUAAAUUUAUAACUUUAAUGUUAUCGAUAAUAGAAGAUAUUCUGAUUGAUCUUUAAGCGAGUUA